AUGGAUAACUAUACAAAGCCAAAACCAAGAUUUAUCAAGAUUAAGGAUACCAAUAAGCCUCAUCACAAUCGAGAAACCAACAAGAGCUUCACUACCUCAAGCAAAACAAAAUAUGCUUCAAAGUUCCACAGUGACAAAGCUACUCAUAAACAUAAAAAUAAAACCUCAGGCUACCUCAAUACUCUUAAAAGUACAAUAAAAUAAGGUAAAAAGUCAGAUCAGAAGGAAGUCUAAAAGCAGGGAGCUCAAUAACAAAAGUCAUGAUGCAAAAUCAAGAGACAGCACCAUUAAAAGAUCUUUCAAACUAGAUACGUAUGAUUCCAACAUCGACGAAGACAGUAUUCCAAUCCGGGUGAAAGAGAAGCAAUCUUAUGUCAUUAUGAAACUUCAUAACGGUGAGAAAUACGCUAUCUUGAGAAAUAAAUUUCUAAUGCACUGCAAUAAGUUGAGUAAAAAGUUGCAAUCUUCCCCAGAGGAUAAAGAUAUUGAAAUCCUACUUCCUAAAUGGGUAGACACUCAUUUAUUCAAAGCUAGUAACUUCCAUGAAAUUCUCAGCUUGACUAAGAAAGAGGCUCAUAAAAUGUUUGCCAAAAUCAGAGAUAUUAAAAUCAUCCAGAAACUCAUUUGUCUUGCCAAAAUAUUUGAUCUCGAUGAUAUUGGAGAGAUUUUAGUAAGCCAAGCCACUUCCAGCUUUUGUGAAACCUCUGAGGUCGAAACUUCUAUAUUAAGUGAGAGUAAAAUUAACCAGCAACCCCAUACUUUACAAUCAGUCAAGAUGUUUGACAAUAAAGAUACUAAAGAAGUCAUCAAUACUAUAAGUGAAGAGGAUGAUGGUGCAGGGUCGAACUUCUCUUUCGAUGAAACUUCUUUCUCCAACAAAAUAAAGGUCUCUAAAAAUAAAAAUAGUAUCAAAGUAAAUUCUUACAAAGUUACUCCUCAUUCCGAGAAUGAGGAGUCUCUUAAAAAUUUCCUCAGGAAUGAAACUUCUUGCAGAGUUGCGCAUAAAAACAAAACAGUUGCUUCUAAAGAGAAUGAACCUGAUUUUUAUCCAGUAAAAAGCUUGUUCAAUAAUGGUGAGAAGAAACAAAAGAAGAGCGAAUCCGCCUCUGACACUAAUACAUCUACUUCCAACUUCUGAGCAAAGAGCUUAAAGUCCUGCCCAAAUGGGUUUCAGAGAGGGUCAGAAUUCAGCACCAGAAAUCACAGCAAAAAUACAAGGCAGAAAAUUCGGAAUAAUUCCUUGUUCGUCAAACAUGAGGCCAAGAUAAGGGAAAGGCUUUUUAUUGAGAAAAGUAUUGAUAAAAUUUUAUCAAACGAUAUCAAUAAUAGCACACUUAAGCUUAGGAGAAACUAUGCUAGCUCAAAUCGAUCUAAAGAAAGAAAAGCCAAUCUUCAAAAGGAUAUAGUCAAUAUGCUUGAAAACUCACUCAUGUUAUCCAAAAGCAACAGAUCAAACACUCGAACUCAUGAACCAACUUUCAUGGAAUCGAUAAAAGGAUCAAGUGUUGCUAAAGAGGAUCUUACAUUUAUGAAUAAGGAUAUUCAAGCUGAAAAGAGCACGUCAGAUAAUAAAUGCCAUAAAUAAAGAUACAUUGUCUAAGAAUGAAUUCAUGCUUCUUGAGAGAAUUCUUGAGAAAGAUGAUGAAAUCAAAGAGUUGAGGAAAAAGCUUGAUGUCUAUCAAAACACCAAUCAGCUAAACUACACUCAACCAUUAAACUUCAGAAAUCCUUCAAUUAUGAAUUAUCCUGAUCCUGAAUUGCACUUACCAAAGAAUGACCAAUGACCAUGCUAUCACUGAGAAUUCCACUCAAGAGCUCAAAGUACCAAAAACAAGAAUUUCUACGGAAAACCUAAUUCAUUCAAUGCAACUUGCAACCCCAGCUCAUGAGAGAAUUCAUGCUUAAACAUUGUUAAGAAACAAGAUUUCUAUAAGGCCAACAAGACUAAAUACUUCAAGAACUCUCAAAGAGGAGUCAAGUACCAGCCAGUUCCUUCUCAAACGGCAAUGUCAAAAGACAAGGAUAGAUACAGGACCUUAUCGAAAGCAUCCUCUUUGCCUUAUGAAAGUGAACCUCACAAGAGGAAUGCUUCUAGACUGAAGAAAAGAAAUAACUCCAAAGAUGUAUAUAAGAAUGAACUCGAUUUUUAUGGGAAAAGUUGCCAUUCCCAUAACUCUAGAGGCUGACUGAAGUCAGGCCAUACCUCAAAUACUCAAAGUAUUGCAGAUAUUAAUGAUAUCCCAAAGGAAGAAUUUGGAUCUAAGGUAGUCAAAUUCUCCUUUAAAGAGGUUGAUGUUAGUCAUGAAAACAUCCAGAAAGCAACAGAGAAAGAAUUGAGUAAACUUAGAGUAUCCGGCAGAAAAGUCACCAACCCUAUUGGCCACCUCAAGAACAAAUCAAUUGACAAAAAUUUCCUAUGCCCCAAUCCUUUCAACACUCCCAACCCAAACAUUCAUUCCAAAAAGGACUCUUCUCUUCCCCUUCCUUCCUCGCCCUCUUCCAAACCCUACAAAUCCAACCCACCCAAAAUUAAAGCCGUAAUAAACCUAAAAUCCCUACUGAACAAACCCACCAAAGAAAGCACCCCUCUAAACUCCCCUUCUCCAAAAGCCCUUCCUCCAGCCCACUCUGUUCCUGCCAAACCCCCUUCUGCCGACCCUAAAAUCCUAAAAUCUCCCAACAACCGAGAAUCAGAGUGCAGUGAACAAAUCUUCAACAAUGAAGUUCCUAAGUCAACUCAUCGCACAACUAACAAUUACCAAAGUCAUCAAUUCUCUGCUGCUCCUGACUCCUGCACUGAACAAGACACUCUGUGAAAUUAUGAAGAGAAGAACAAGGAAGAUAGUAGUCUCGACGAAUCAAGUAUGAAACCUAUGUCUGAAGAGAAUACUGAAAGGAAAGAACUUAAAGUUUUUAAGACAAGGAAUAAUAAUCAGGGUCAAGAGGAGAAAAGAUGUGGAUAAUUUUGAUCGUAGCAUUAGUAAAAUCUAAUAUUAUAAAUAAAAAGACUUUGAAAUGCAAUCUUGCAAGACUAGCCUGAUAAAUUCAUUC